CCAGGGAGCUGAAGUUGAUCGUGUUCCGGUGGGAUGUGAGCUUUCAAACUGCCUCUUUUCUUUAUUUCAUUCUUUGUUUUUUUGCGCAGCGCUGGAUGUGACGCAGUGUGGGAGCGCAGCGGACUGCGGCUCCUCUGGAUGCGGGAAAUGAACCUGCGCUCCUGUCAGACUCACGGCUUGUAGAGGAAUUAGCGCCACAUGGAGACUUUUGCCGCUGUUUCUGACAGUCCGGCUGCGGAAUGAAAACUAAAACCUUUCAUUUUGAUCUGAACUCCGGGAUUCUUUCUGAUUCUUUCACCGAUUCUAACCUGAAUCUCCCAAAUCAACGCAAACAUGUACGCAGGGAGGAAGCGCAGGAAACCGGCGCAAAGGGGAGUUAAACCCAGUCCAGCUGAGGGCACCAAGACCAACCCCUCUAAGCGUCAUCGGGACCGUCUGAACUCAGAACUGGACCGCCUCGCCAGCCUGCUGCCCUUCCCUGAGGAAGUCAUCUCCAGCCUGGACAAGCUGUCCAUCCUGAGGCUCAGCGUUAGCUACCUGCGCACCAAGAGCUUCUUCUCAGUGGCGUUGAAAAAGCAGCCUUCCAACGUUAUCAGCAGCGGCGAAGACGGCAGGACUUCAGGAAACGCAGACGGCGGGAUUUCAGAGGGCGAGCUGCUGCUUCAGGCUCUGAACGGCUUCGUCCUGGUGGUGACGGCUGAUGGAAACAUCUUCUUCUGCUCUCAUACCAUCCAGGAUUACCUCGGCUUCCAUCAGACGGAUGUGAUGCACCAGAGUGUGUUUGAGCUGAUCCACACUGAAGACCAGCAGGAGUUCAAGAGGAACCUGCACUGGGCCCUGAACCCCCCGGUCAGCCUGGAGCCCCCCACCGAUCCUGCAGGUGUGGAAGCGACGUCCUCCCGCCCGGUCAGCUACAGCCCCGACCAGCUCCCGCCUGAAAACUCCUCCUUCCUGGAGCGAGCCUUCGUCUGCCGCUUCCGCUGCCUGCUGGACAACUCCUCGGGUUUCCUGCCGCUGAGCAUCCAGGGCAGACUGAAGUUCCUCCACGGUCAGAGCCGUCCGCAGAGCGGGAGCAUCAGCCCACCUCAGCUGGCCCUGUUCGCCGUGGCGACACCGCUGCAGCCUCCCGCCAUCCUGGAGAUCAGAACCAAGAACAUGAUCUUCAGGACCAAACACAAGCUGGACUUUACGCCUAUGGCGUGCGACGCUAAGGGGAAAAUCGUCCUGGGAUACACCGAGGCCGAGCUGAGGGUGCGAGGAUCCGGCUACCAGUUCAUCCACGCCGCUGACAUGCUUUACUGCGCAGAAAACCACGUUAGAAUGAUAAAGACUGGUGAAAGUGGCCUGACCGUCUUCCGGCUGCUCACCAAAGACAACCGAUGGAAGUGGGUCCAGUCCAACGCUCGGCUGGUUUACAAGAACGGGAAGCCGGACUACAUCAUCGCCACCCAGAGGCCUUUGGCGGAGGAGGAAGGAGGAGAACACCUGAGAAAGAGAUCUAUGCACCUCCCCUUCACCUUUGCCACCGGAGAGGCUCUCCUGUACCAAACCAGCCACCCGCUGCACGGCUUCCCCGAUCCGUCCCACGGUAAAGCCAGAGGCAGCAAGUCCAAGAAGGGCAAAAUGGACAAGAGCUCCUCAGAUGAACUCAACCCUAACUCUCUGCUGGGGGCGCUGAUGAGUCAGGAUGAGUCCGUGUACGUCUGCCAGCCGGAUGCGGAGCCUCGGACGUUCUUCCACGGCGGCGGUCCCGGUGAGUCGGACGCCUUGUUGAGCAGCGGCAGCUGGAACCUCGUCUCCAACCGGCAGCUUGGGACGUGCAACGGGGACGGCUUCGACCCUCUUCUGUCGACGUUGGACUCUCUGUCCCUGGACGGAGACGAAGCUUGCACCAACAGUGAGCUCUUCAGCGCUCUGGAGAGUCUGGGCCUCAACGCCGACGACCUGGAGCUGCUGCUGCUGGACGAGCGGAUGAUGCAGGUGGAGCUGGAUCCCAGCCACGUCCCCUCUCUGAGCGACCUUCUCACCAACAACGAGAUCCUCACAUACGUCCAGGACACUCUGCAGGGUGAGCCAGGGAGCGGUGGCCAGGCUGCGGACUCUGCCGCCCUGCAGCCGAUCUUGGCACCUGCUCCCCCUCUGGACCAGAACGCCUUCAGGCAGCCCAUCGUCCAGCUGUCCCAGCAGAUGCAGCAGCAUCUCCAGUCACCCUUACAUCCUGCUGUGGUGCAAGCCGACAAUCCAAUCAGUUUAUCCGACAGUCUCUGGGUGGAGAACCAUCAUCAGACCCAAGUCAUAGAUCCACAGCUGGACGCUGAGCAUCUAGACCCACAUCUGGAGUCCCCCUGGCAGCUGCAGAUAAACACGGAGAGCACAGAUUCACCGGGUUUCCAGAACGGAUCUCACAUCCCAAACCAGAGCUCAGCUUUCCUCCCAGAUUACAGCAUCUCCAACCCUUUGGACGGCUGCACCGGUCUGCUGAACGGCGGGAAGGCGGCGGACAUCUGUCAGCGUCUGGGCGUCGUCGCCACGGCGCUGCAGCCAGCACAUCUGGGUCCGCAGAGACAGGCGUCGGCGAACUGUGGGGUGCAUGAAACGCCGCAGCUCGUCUCUCUGCCGGCGCUCAGCUGCAGCAUGUUCAGCCCUGCAGCCGACGGAAAGGUGGAGAACGGAUGCCUCCUCAGCUCUGCCAACGGAGGGUACAUCAGGACGUGUCUAAUUCCUGGAAGAAACGGAGUGGAGGCGUGCGACAUCGCCGUGUCGUGUACCGACGGAGUCUCCAACCUACCAGACCCCCAGAAAUCUGGUUUCUUCCUCUGAUUGGACGACACAGAGCAGAGGUGGGGCAGACGGACCUGCUUUAUUUGUUUUUUUUACAUGGAACGACGAGGAUCUGAUCCUCUUUAAAAGACAUUCUCUGUUCACUGCUGUGGUGAAGAAAAAAGUCCAAGAGGACGCCUCUUCCUGAAACGGUUCGAAGCGUCUUCAUGCUACCUGGAACGAGUCUGAGAAGGUUCUCCGUCCUCAUCGCUGCUGCUUCUGGUCCACCUUUUAAGAUUAAGGUCCUCUUAUGCAAACAGAUGUUGGUUUAAUAUCCCCGCAGCCUGGGAUAAUCUGCAGGGCUUAGACUCAUUUAAAUCUACUAAACAAGAAGCUUUAGUGGAGAGUUUAAUGUGGUCACAUGGAGCAAACGGGGACAGGAGAUCAGGUGGAGCAUCUUUAUCGUUUAUCAGAAGAUAUUUAAGGAAAACCAACCCCAGUUGGAGAUUUUAAAACAAUCUGCAGUAUCUAAAUGUUUUAUUUAAAGUGAUUUUAUGCUCACCGCCGUUUUUUUUUGUUCGGAAAAACGAUCAAGAGUAUUGGGGGCUUUAAAUGCACACAGAGAAAUCUAUAAAAAUAAACUUCUUCUUCUUCUGGAAGUUCUUAAAACAGAAGAAGAACAGGAGCGUAGAAACCCUGAUGCUGCAUUUUGAGGUUCAUCCUGGUUUUCUGGUAAGAGACUCGGUCAGAGACGACCCGGUUUGUUCCAGAAAAGUUCAAAAGCAUUUUUAACGUUUCCUGAGCCGAGAUGGUCGUAGAAGCUCCAGUUGAUGCCUUGUCCAGGAAACAAACUCUUGCCGAAUGGGAAAAACCAAACGUAUUCAAACCCUCGGCAGAAGAUAGGACCUAGCUGUUUAGUUUUCAUUUUAAAUCUACAUCAGAUAUCACACACACACACAAAAAAAAAAAAAGUAUCUCCCGGUUCGAUUCAGUCGUGGUUAAAAGUAACUUAACUUUAGGGUGCGUUGGAUUUCACUGAGGUUUUUAGACAUUGAUUUGCUGCAUGGCGUUCUUUAAGUGGAAUCCUUCACUUUGGUACGACCUCAUUUAUGUUUCAGCGGUUCUGUAGAUCAGCAGCUGCUUUUGUGUCUGUUGUUCCACUUCACUUUUAGCUGUAGGACACUUCGGUAAACAGAGGAGUUCAGGUCCUGAUCAUCACUCCUCCACCGCCAUGCUUUAUUAGUGUUCUAAAUGCCAGCUGUACUCUGCAUUGUUACCAAACAUCUCGUCUUUGGUUUCCUGUGGUUUCCUCAGAUAAGCUAGCCUACUUCAUGCUGCUAUGUUGUUCUUAAGGACAAUUUCUGCUUCUGACGCAUAGCCUCUGCAAACGUCAAAUUUGUCUCUUGUGUGCGACCACGCAGAGGUUCUGCAACCGCCGUCAUGGACCUAAAAAAAUCCUGACUAUGCGUUGGACGGUCGUAAACCCGUGCAGACCUCAAGCAGCUGUGAUUGGUCCUUGGUAUGCCUUUCUGGCUGUCUGUGUGGUCGUCCUUCUGGAUUCGGUGCCGGGGCCCGCCAUUUUUAAAAACCGAGGAACGACUACAAUGGAGAACUACGAUGAAAAGGUUAAUCGGUCUAUUUGCCAACUCCAUUAAUAGAACCUGUUCCUCUUCAAUGUCUAGCAACUCUAGAUCCAUCUCCAUGAUCGUGACUUGCAGACACGCGAUGGUUGUUUUGAAAGAUAAACACUCCCGCUGGCACUGCCAAAGUUCUUGUGAGCAUCCGCCGAAGUUCUCUUGAGUUCUCGAAUAGGCUCCCCCUUGUGGUUUGGAAACUGCUGUGCGUCCCUAGAAAUUCCAGACCGACGGAGCAGAAGCAAACCAGCAAAGCUGGUUCGCGACCAGACCCAAGCGGCAUUUGAUGUGUGCGUUUGCAGAAGUCUAAUCUGCCCUUUAGAGAUUCUUGUUCCUUCUGCCUUGGCAUGGUAUUCCUCAAGACAGAAACCUUUCAUAGGGGCGGACACUAUUAUGAUGAAUACUGCUGCAUCAAAUCGUUAAGCCUGAACACACCAAAUGCGUCUGAUCUGAAGGAAAAUCGUGUUGGAGUAGGUCGUGGAGUUUUUUGCAGACUCCUGCAAAAACAAUCAAAAUAGAAAACUUUACCCAUGAUAGCAAUUCAGGAAGACAGAAAAACAAUAAAGUGGUGAUCCUGUUUGAGCCUUGCAAAAAAACAAAAUAACGAGGGGCAGAAAGAGCAGGUAAUAGAAGCUCGUCUCUCUCCCCUAUUUAUGAAAAGAAAGAAAAAGAAAACCGUCGAUAAACUUGACAGAUCUCUCUGACAAUCACCUCCUACUAAUAAUAAACCGUCCAGCAGCCUUUACUGCUGCGUUUUCCCUUUCUUUCAAUGUAGAUCUCAUGUUUUUAAUAAAAAGGAUCUGUCCUGGUUUAAGAUGCUGUUCAGUCCUAUUA